AUGGUGGAUUUGAUUAAUCAAAUAGAUUUCAAGAGAGAAAUUGUUAAUUAGAAUCAAUCUGUACUAUUACCUUAAAAUAUCUAAGCAAUUAAGGUACUUAUUACAUAAUCAGAAAUCAUUGUAAAAUUUGAUUUUAUAGAUAGUUAGAACCUAAUAGUAAAAGUCUUCCAAUAGAUACACGAUUAAUAAUCAAUCGAAAAGAUUUUCGUAUUUCUGUUGAAGAUCUAAAAAGUCGAAAACUAUAAGAAUCAUCAUAAUUAUAUUCUGCAUUUUUAGGUUUUAUAAACAUAAAAUCUGUGAUAUUUUUAUUGAUGGUUGAUCGUUGUAGUCAUCAUUAAUUGCAUCCUCUUUACAAAGAUUUCUUUCAUAUUCAUACUACUAAAUUUAUAGCUUUGGACAAUAGAGCAGCUUCAGUUACAGAAAUUUAAGAAGCUGUAUCAAACUUAAAAAAUUUACUUUCAAAAGGAUUUUAUUUUACAUAUGAGAAAUGUGAUGAUAUUGAUAGAGAAGAAUUUAUGUGGAAUAGAGGACUAUGUAAAUAACUUUAUACUUAAUAAAUAAAAAAUUGGGAUGUUCUAAUGAUUUAAGGAUUUAUGGAUAGUUUCUCAGUUUAUUUGGAAGGUAAAAGAGUAUAAGUGGCUUUAAUUGCAAAAAGAUCUUUGAAGGCUCCAGGAACUAGAUUAGCUUAAACAGGAGUAUAGAAAGAUGGAAGUGUGGCUAAUUUUGUUGAAACUACUUAGAUAGUAGUUGUAGCAAAUUUAAAAUGUUAAUUUAAAUAAAUUAGAGGGAGUGUUCCUGUAUUUUGGAGAGAAUCAGGAAAUUUAUUAAUGAAGAAAUUAGAAUUGUAUGGGAAUGAAUAAGAUAAUCAAAUUGGAUUUACAAAUCAUUUUAAUAAAUUAGUAUAAAAAUAUGAAAGAGUAUUAGCUGUGAAUUUAAUGAAUAAAAAUAAAUAAACAGAACAUGAUUUAAUAUAAGCUUAUGAAUUAGGAAUUCAUUAAUAUUAACCUGAUAGAUUAAAAUAUAUAUAUUAUAAUUUUGAUGAAAUUACUUAAGGUGUUGAUUUUCAUAUAAUAAAUUAAGAUAUAAUGAAAAUAAGUAAUUUUAUUAAAAAUAUGUAAUUUGAUGCCUAUGAUUUAAUAACAAAUUAAAGAAAAUUGAAAUAAAGAGGAAUAGUUAGGACUAAUUGUUUAGCUUGUUUAGAUAGAACUAAUGUAUAUUAAUAAAGAGUUGGAUUAUUGAUGUUAGAAUAUCAAUUGAAAUGUAUGGGAUUAGAUUUAGAAAGAAUAUUAGGAUAAAAGAUUUUAGAUAUUAAUGAAAAUAAUACUAAAUUCCUAAAUCCAAUUAUUGUUUUAUUUAAAUAAAUGUGGGGAGAUCAUGGAGAUUUUAUAAGUUAUCAUUAUACUGGAACUGGAUCAUUACAUACUAAUCAAGAGAGAGGUUAAUAAUCAUUUUUGGAUAUUUUGGGAAGUGGAAUGGUACCUUUGAGUAGAUUUUAUAGAAAUAAUUUUAGUGAACAUUUAAGAUAGGAAAGUAUUCUAACAUUGUUAGGAAACUCAACCUCAGAAAGAAUAUAUAUUGAUAACGAUCAAUCUUAUUUGCCAUUUACUACUUUAGAAGCUAAUGAUCUUUCAAAAAUUGGAUAUGCAAAUUUAUAUUAUAUUAAUUAUAAAUUAAGUGAAGAUUAAUCAAAAUAUACUAUUUAUGCUAUGAAUGAAGAUUAAAAUAUAUAAAUUUAAUGUUUUAUAGAAAAUGGUAAAUAAUAUAAUGAAAUUGUUAAAAUUCAUAAUGAAUUAGAUAGCAAGUUUAGAUCAAGCAUAAAAAUAAAAAAAAUUGAUAAUAAACAUUGUUUAUUAGUUGAAUUAGGAACAAUUAAUUUGUAUUAAUUAGUUUAAAAUGAGUUACAUACAUUUUCUGAAUUAUAAUUGCUUCAAAUAUUAUUAGAUAUGGCUCAAUAAAUUAAGCUAUAUUAAUAACAAGGUUUAUACUUAAAUGGAAUUACUGCCAAAAGUGUUUGGUUCUAAUAUAUCAAUUAAAACCAAUAUAAAAUAUAUUUUGAUACUGCUACUUAUAUACCAACAACUUUUAAUUAGUAUCCUACAACCAUAAAACCAGAUUAUAUGGACCCAAUUAUAAUUUAAAAAAUUGAUUAAUAAGAAUAAGCAUUAGAAAGAUAAGAGAAUAUUUAUAAUACAAAUGAUUUGAUCACAUAACAUACAAACAAUUUUACAGAUGAAUAAGUUUAAUAAGCCUAGAUAUGGAUUUUGGCUAGAAUAAUUUAUGUUAUUCUAUAUUAUCCUUAACCAACUUAAACUAAUAAUAUUGAUAUUAUGUUACCAAAUUUAAAUCAAAUGAUUGAAAAAUAAAAGUUUACAGCUCUAGCUUAAUUACUUAAGAAAAUGUUCAGAUAAGAUUUAAUAUCACCUAUUAUUGAUAUUGAUUAAUUGAUUUUAGAAACUUAAAAAAUUAAAGAGCAAUUAGGUAAUCAACCUAAUCUGUAAAUUCCUGAUAAACCUUUUAAAUAAACAUUAUUUUAGGAAAAAUAACUUAGAUGUUUAGUUGAUUUAUGUAAACAUUUUAGAUGUUAUGAGUAAGGAUUAUAAAUUAUUAUUUAAUUAUAAAAAUUAUCAUAGGAUGCUCCAUUAGAAGAUAAAGUUUAAUUAGUUUCAAAUCAUUUAUUUUUUUUGAUCUAUUUAGGUAGAAUUUAAGAAGCAUUUGAAUCUAUGCUUGAAUUUCAAGAAUUAUUGGAUCAAUGUAGUGAAACAGAAAUACCAAAUAUUAAGCAAAUAAUUAUUGAAACUAAUGUAUUAUUUUUACGACUCUUUUAAGAAGUAAGUAUAAUUUAUAUAUAUAAAUAGUUUUAAUAAUUGAACUUUACAAAUUCAUAAUUAAAAGAGAUUUUACUUGAAGAUCCCCCUUUGAAUUUAAUGCAUCCUUUAAAAUCAAUCUUAUAUUUAAUAUGGAGUGAAAUUUCAAUUGAAGAAGAUGUUUAACUUAAUUAUGCUCUAAAAGCCUUUGAAUUUUAUAGAAAUUCCAAAGUUUAACAUGAAUAUCUAAAGAUUAUGAUUCACAUUUAAAUUAUCAAAGGUUAUAUUAAGAAACAACAAGUUUAGAAGGCUUAGGAACAUAUUUAGAAUGCUUUAAAUAUAAUAAUAGGAGAUUCAUUAGAGAAAUGCAAAUUAUACAUUGAAUUAGCUAAAAUAGAAUUGGAAUAGCAAGAACAUAAAUAGGCAAUUGAAUUGUAAUAAUUCUAAUUUAAAUAGAUAUGAUAAAGCUAUAAAAUGUGGAACUAAGGUAUACAAAAACGAUAAACAUCCUGUUUUACUGCAGUGGCAAUCUAUGUUGGCUUAAAUAAAAUAAUGA